AAGAGGAUUUGUGAUUGGCAAUGGCAUAUGGGAGACUUCUAUGGAGUCAAAACUAUUGAUUACAUGAUCAGAGUUGUACUUACACAGCUUUCUCUCUCCUUUCUUGCUCUCUCCAAUAUUAAUAAAAUUAACCCUCUUCACCAUUUCUAAGUGUACAGUUCAGUGGCAUUAAGUACAUUUACAUUAUUGUGCAACCAUCAUCAACUCCACUUCCAGAACUUUUUCAUCAUCUCAAACUGAAACUGUCUUCAUUAACUAGUCCUAUUACUCCUUUCCCAGCUCCUGUAAUCUCCACUUCAUUAUCUGUCUCUAUGAACUUGACUAUUUGAGGAACCUCAUAUAAUUUAAGUCAUAACACAUGUCCUUUUUUGUGUGACUACCUGUUCUCUUUCAAAUAAUUUACUGAAAAAAUAUAUUUAUGUUUUAUUCACAUUUUGUGACUGUGCUAUGAUACAAUAUCUAAAUUUCAGAAAUGGAAAAAGUAGUGGUGCAAACUGGAACAGAAUGUAUAUAUAUUUUCAAAGAUUUUCAUUAUAUAGGAAACAGAAAUUUUAGAUGGUGAUUGGCAAGUGACGUGGGCUGAGAGUGAUGGUUUGAUAAAGAUGAAACAUUACUGCAUAUAAUGAUAAUGGAUCCAGCUGUUGAAAUUCCCCAGUGUAACUUGCAGGUCCACUGGGACUUCUAUGAGGUCCCCCUCGGUCCAAAUCUCCAUCCAGCCAGCACCACCUGUGUGUUUAUCCCCCUAGUGAAGCUGUUGGCCAGGGCAAUGAUGUCCAUCACUCUCUGGACCGUCUCAUUGACGUUACUGCCCCACAUUUGGAACCGCUGGUUGUUGACCACAACAAACAUCUCCACGUACUUGGUGAGUGACCACAAGUAGGACAGCUCCUUUAGACCAUUAGGCUUCCUGCUCCCUUUCUAACAGUCUGGCUUAAGAGAUGUGUUUAACAAUAUAAAGCCUCAUUGAGGGAACAAGAAAAUCUUGAGUAUAAUGCCCAUGUGUUACAGAGCAAGUUUUAGAAGAGGCAAAAUGGGCAAUGAAGUGUGCCCACCAAUGAUCUUCAAGCCCCUGGUCUAGAAUAUUAGGAGUUGGCCAAGCAACCGACACAGGAGGAGUGGUGUGUGUGUCGGGGGAGUGUUCCGUGUGGCACAGUUGAAGAAGGCCUGGAGGUUUUGUUUCCUCUCUCAGGGUACAAUCUUGCAAUUUAGAUUUUGCAGUCCUUUUUAUUAUAACACACUAUCAAAAGGACUGUAGCCAAGGAUCACUGCAGCUAAUAAUGUGGAAGGAAGCUGCAGAAGGGACACUAUCUGAAGGAUAACAGAGAAGUCAGAGAGAUUAAAAAAGACACAGCCAGAGGUAGGCAGUUGCUCUCAGAAGGUGAUAGUACCCACCCUUUAUGUAGCCAGCAUAUACUUGGAAUUAAUCCCAGUGGCUAAGGAUUUGCAUGUCAAGGAGUGCUGCUGCUCAUGGACACAGGCCUUGCAUCAGCAACUGAUUCACUGGGGCCAUGUCAGUGCCCACCUUUGUGAGACACUCUGCCUCCUCCUUGCCUUCUCUACAGAACCAAGAGGUUAUAUAUGAGGCUAACAGAGUGCUUCAUACUUGGGAUCCCGAGACAAAGGGCCUGGCGCUGGUACUGGUGCCAGGAUGUUCACGUGUCAGGUUGGGGAUUGUGCUGGUGUUGGUACUGAAUUUCCUGCCAAGCUUGUGCUGUGACCUGAAAUCAGUAUAUUCCUCAUCCUAUGAACUAGUCAUCCCCAAGGCUCUGACAGUUGAGGGAAGGCAAGACCCAGAGGAAGAGGCAUCUUAUGUGAUAUCUAUGCAGGGCGAGAAACAGCUGAUUCACCUGAAAGUGAAGACAGACUAUUUUAUCAAGAACUUUCCAGUCUUCAGCUAUCAUAAUGGCACCCGGGGACAAGAAAUGCCUUUCAUCUCACAUGACUGUCACUAUGAAGGCUACAUAGAAGGAGUCCCGGGUUCUUUUGUUUCUGUCAACACCUGUUCAGGCCUCAGGGGCAUCCUGAUUAAGGAGGGAAAAUCCUAUGGCAUUGAGCCCAUGGACUCUUCAAAACAGUUUGAACAUGUGUUGUACACCAUGGCCCAUCAAGCUCCAGUCUCCUGCAGUGUCACUUCCCAAGACAGCCCAGUGGUGUCUGCCAGCCGACAACAGGGGAGCAGGAAGCCUGGCGGUCUGCAGGAGCUGUCCUCCUUGUGGUCACUCACCAAGUACGUGGAGAUGUUUGUUGUGGUCAACAACCAGCGGUUCCAAAUGUGGGGCAGUAACGUCAAUGAGACGGUCCAGAGAGUGAUGGACAUCAUUACCCUGGCCAACAGCUUCACUAGGGGGAUAAACACACAGGUGGUGCUGGCUGGAGUGGAGAUUUGGACCGAGGGGGACCUCAUAGAGGUCCCCGUGGACCUGCAAGUUACACUGGGGAAUUUCAACAAGUGGAGACAAGAGAAGCUCCUCCAUCGUGUGAAGCAUGAUGUUGCCCACAUGAUUGUAGGACAGCAUCCUGAGCACGGUAUGGGACAGGCAUUUCUCAGUGGUGCAUGUUCCCGUGGUUUUGCAGCAGCUGUUGAAUCCUUCCCUCAUGAAGAUGCCCUCCUGUUUGCAGCGCUCAUGGUCCAUGAGCUUGGGCACAACUUGGGUAUUGGGCACGACCACUCAGCCUGCAUUUGUAAAGACAAACACCUCUGCCUCAUGCAUGACAAUAUCACUAAAGAAAGUGGCUUCAGCAACUGUAGCUCUGACGACUUCUACCAGUUUCUCCAGGAUCACAGAGGGGCCUGCCUAUUUAACAACCCUCAGCGGCACAAAGGCCGCUUCCGUAGAGCCACGUGUGGAGAUGGUAUGUUGGAUGAGGGUGAGGAGUGUGACUGUGGUACUGAAUGUGCCACAAACAAUUGCUGUGAUGAUAAAUGUUUGCUGAAGGCUGGUUCAAAGUGUAGUCCAGGACCUUGUUGUAAUGAUAAGUGUGAAGUUCAACCAAAGGGCUUCAUUUGUCGUGCUGCUCGCGGAGAGUGUGACCUCCCAGAGUAUUGUGAUGGUAUCAAUGCACAAUGUCCCGAAGACUUCUAUAUGCAAGAUGGUACACCAUGUAAAGGAUAUUACUGUGUAAAAGGUGUGUGUAAGAACCCUAAUACUCAAUGCGAAGAAUAUUUUGGGACCUCUUCAAAAUCUGCUAUAGAUGAGUGUUAUGAAAUAGUAAACACGGUUGGAGACCGGUUUGGAAACUGUGGCCUUCCUACUGCUACUAACCAAGACUAUGUUAAGUGUACAAAAGACAAUAUGCGGUGUGGGAAAAUUUUAUGUACAGAUAUUAGAAGUAUGCCACAAAUCAAACCCUUUCAUACAGUGAUCCAGAUUCCUAUUACUGAAAACUAUUGCUGGGCCAUGAAUUACUAUGACACUGCUGAUGAAGAAGAAAACGGAAAUGUGAACUAUGGCACGACUUGUUCCCAAGGCAAAGUCUGCGCAAAUGCAUCCUGCACUGAUUAUGCUGUGCUCAAGUAUGACUGCGAUGUAAAAGCAAUGUGUAAUGAGAAUGGAGUUUGCAAUAAUUUGAAGCAAUGCCAUUGUAGGACUGGCUAUGCACCCCCUGACUGCAAAAACCUAGGAGAUGGGGGUAGUUUGGACAGUGGUCCCCCUGCUAAGCCACUUGAUGAAAAGCCAACAGAGGGUGCAGUUAAUGCCACUACCAAAACUGAAGAACCUGAAAGUAUAUUAGACAGUUUGAUCUUAUCAUUCGUAGUACUUUUUCUCAUAAUAUUAGCAGCUGCUGGUAUUGCCACGUGCGUCCUUUGUAUAGUUUUAAAAGAAAAGCCCACAGAAAAGAAGCCUCCAGAGGAGAUGCCCCCAGGAGAAAAGGGAAAAGGGGAGGAGGAGAAAGAAGAAGAUGAGGAAUAA